CCACAGGCCCAGAGGCCCCCAACAGCUUCCUGUGUGGGGUUCAGAAACCCGCCUCCCCUCCCAGCCUCAGAGGCUUGUUUCGGAAAAUGAAGUAAGAAGCCAUCGCACCUACGCCAUCUUAGUGCACUGAGCGUCCAGGGAGGAGGAUGGGGCCAGACACUUGCCGGCAGGUCCUGGGACUCUGGCUCCUAGCAGUUGCUGUGUGGGGAUCGGAAGGCGAUGAAGACGCUGGUGAUCCUGGUUCUUUGGCAAUAAAACCAUUUAAAGUCUCCAUCUCCGGAAGCAGAGUGGUACUGACAUGCCCUCUGGAGCCUGACACUGGCACCAUAGAAUGGAAAAAGAAUGAUGAGAAAAAAUCAUCUGAAGGCCUAGAAUUCUUAAUGGAUAACUUUUCAGAAAUGGAGGAUAGCGGUUUGUACACCUGCGCUACACAGGAGAAGAGCUUUCAUCUCUACCUGAGAGCACGAGUGUGUGAGAACUGCAUGGAGCUGGAUCUCAUGACAGUGGCCUCAGUUGUCGUAGUUGAUGUCUGUGUCACUCUUGGCUUGCUGGUGCUGGUCUAUUACUGGAGCAAGAACAGGAAGGCCAAGGCCAAGCCUGUGACACGAGGAGCAGCUGCUGGUGGCAGGCCCAGAGGACAAAACAAGGAGCGGCCACCCCCGGUUCCCAACCCAGACUAUGAGCCCAUCCGGAAAGGCCAGCGGGACCUGUAUGCUGGCUUAAACCAGAGAGGCAUCUGACAGCUCCAGGAAUUGCUGACUCCCCUGCUAGUCCUGGCCUUGGCAAGUCUCAGAGCCCCCAAGAAAACUGUUCCUCAACCUGUUGAUGAAGUCCUGCGGCCUAGUGCCCAGCUGCCCACUGCCCACCUUCUUACUGGUGUCUGAUCCUGGGGAUUUGCUGCUUCCUUGUCCUUGGAGACAUCACCACUAGCCAUGCCCUCUGCACCUGGCCUGCCAUCGGUUCUUUCAUUUCUGUUACUCACUCUCCCUCCCCCUCCCAUGUUGCAUCUGCCUUCUGCUCCCUCCUUCUGCUGUGUAUGAGUUGCCCUCUACCCCUAACUAUUCCAUCUCUCUUCCUAUUUUUUCAGCUUUCUUUUUGCAACUCUCCCUGGGAUGGCCUGAGUAAACAUGGGCCACAGUCCUGCCGCAUCCAAAGCUCCUUGUCCAUGGCCAGCCCUAGUCAACCUUCCUGUCAUGGUCACUGGUGCCCUGACUCCUCUGAGCAAAAGAAAAAUAAAGUGUCUUUGGCUCAAA